AAAGAUUCAUUUGAAGGAAAAAAAGGCUCGCGUGACGACGUUGCCAUGACAGCGCCUCUUGUUUACAUGUAGCUGGGAACUGCUGCUCGGCUAGCUAACAGUUUCAGUUUAACUGCUGCUCAUCACCGCAAGCGACUGCACGUCACGAUGCCACCAAAGACUAGAAGCAAAAAGGCCGGGAAGGCCAAGUCGUCUGCAGUGGUGGACGGUCUUUCAACCGACGAGAUGUCCAAGGACCAGCUGGAGGAGCACAUUGUCCGGCUCCGAGAGGAGCUGGACCGAGAGCGGGAGGAGAGGAGCUUCUUCCAGCUGGAGAGGGACAAGAUCCACGCCUUCUGGGAGAUCUCCAAGAGGAGUCUGGAGGAGGCCAAGGCCGAGCUGAGGAACAGACGGCGGGAGAGAGAGGAGGCUGAGGAGCGCCACCGAGUGGAGAUCACGGUGUACAAGCAGAAGCUGAAGCACGUCCUGUCUGAACACCACAACAUCACCUCAGGGCUGAAGAUGGACGGCGUGGCCUCGACCUCGCUGAUCCAGGACCAGCACCUGGAGGCAGAGCUCUCGCUGCAGAGGAAGAAGCACGGCCUGCAGGCAGACUUCAGGGAGAAGCAGCUCCACAACGAGAACUGCGUCAAGGAGCUCAAGCUGAAGCACCAGGUGGAGCUAAUGGAGCUGGCCAACGGCUACGACAAGAGGCUCAGAGAAAUCGAGGUGAAAUAUCAGAAGAAGAUGCAGGCAGAGAUUGAAGCAGAAGGCAGAAAGCGGAAGGCUGAGGUCAAGGAGCUCGAGGACAGGAUGAAAAGUCGCAUGGUGACUCUGGUGGAGGACCACGACAGAGCUCUGAGAGGCGCUGAGGAGUACUACUCUACUGUCCAGACCAAACUGCUGGAAGAUCAGAAGGCGCUGAAGGAGGACCUUGCAGAGGUGGCGAAGCAGCAGGCGCGAGCACACAGAGAGCUUUCAGCAGCUCAGGAGGAGAACAAACGUCUGAGUGAGUCUCUGCAGGAGGCCCGACAGAAGCUGCCCGAGCUCCACAAGCAGCUGGAGGAGCACAACCAGGCCAAGGCCAAGACGGCGACAACCAGAGCUCGAGUGAAGGUCAUCGAACAGGAACUGAGAGAUCUGGCGGUGGAGCACGAGCUGCUGCUGCACGCCUUUGAGAAGGUUCAGCAGGAGCGCGAUGAGCUGCUGAAGAAGCAGACGGAGGCCAUCCUGGAUGUGCAGCAGAAGACCGGACUGAAGGAGCUGUUGCUGGAGAGGAAGUUGGCAGCGCUGACAGAAGCUGUGCAGAAGAAGGAAGCUCAGCUCUGCGCUGCCCUGUCGGCCUCCAACGUCGACCCAACUCCAGGCGGCGCCGCCGCAAACAAACUCAAGGAGAUCCUGGAGUCGAAACAAGACGCCAUCAGUGCCUUGCAGAGUGACUUGGCUCGAGACUGUGAGGAGUACGACGACCUGCUGCAGACCUGUAAGGAGAAGCUGGAGGCUCUGGGCGCCCCCCUGUACGACUUUCCCUUCAGGCCGUCGGAGCAGAUCCUGGGCGGACAGAACCCUGCCGGACCUGCUGCUACACACUGAACUCCACCUCCAGGUGUUGGGUUCACCUGCUGCUGUUUACGGCCCAUCUGAUACACAAAUCUAAAUGGAUUUUGAAGGGACUGGUCCUUUAUCCCGACACCGCUGGCAAUGACAGUGUUUACCGGGUAAACUCGAACUCUCGGAGGUCACUCAUGUUGUUGAACAAUACACAAUAUUGCUAUGAAAACACGUUUCUCCUGAGACGUUUGAACUCUUUUAACCUCAGAGUUAAACACCUUCAGUGAGUCCCCUCAGCCAUCAGGCCUUAAUGUUUCUGGUCUCAUUUCAAAGGAGGAUGAACCCGUUUCUAGGCCCAGUCCAACUCACAUCCAAGUCGAGUUUAUUUAAAUUUCAAAAAGUUAUCAGCCUUACGACCACAAUAACCAGAUCCAGUGAAAUAUGGAGUAAAUACAGUGAAAACAUCAGCAGUGAAGUUCAGAAAGUCAUUGAGCCAUGUAACAAAUCUCCUCAAAACACUGAAAGAGUGAAUAUUUAGUGAGGACUCGACAGAACCGUCAGCCAUCAGACGUUUAGUCUCAGAGGAAAACCCAGCAUGUUUACUGUAAAAUGAUGAGAAAGUCCCGGAUCCUCUUACAUUUAGAACAAAGUUCAUACGUCUCGAUGUUAUUCUUAAAGUACUUCACGACAAAAGGAGUUUGGACAACAUAAAAUGGUCUUUCAUUGUGAUUUUUUUGUGGUGGACGUGUCCGGCCAGUUUUUAACUUAAAAUAUUGGAGUGCUUUGUUUCAA